AUGGACCUCACCCAGUGCCAGCUCGAAUCACAGAGGUACUUCGGCGCAGUGUUCAACACCUCCACCGCCAUCGAAUCGCCGUCAACCAACUCGUCCACAACGGUGGUGUCCAGGUCCAGCCCAGCCAAAGAGACAGCCUGGUUACGCGAUACAAUCGAGGCACAGAACAUCCGAAUCCACCAGCUGCAGAAGCAGAUUCACAAGCUCCAAGAGGAGAUCGAAUCCUUUGCCUACCUGAAGCAGGCCACCGCCGGGCUAUAUGAAGAACAGUACAAGCAGCGGCGGCAAGAACGCGAUAGGCUGCGCGAGGCGAUUGACUUCUUCGAUGCAGAGAAAGCCAAGAUUGACGAGGGGAAAGAGAAUGAGGAGGUGACGGAUAUUGAUAACGAGCGGAAGAGAUACGCUCUCCGGAUCGCUCAGGGUACUGCAGGUGCUACGGAACAAGAUAUGUACAAGAUGUAUAGGAAGAUCUGGCAUGCCAAGCUAAAGUGUAUGACUAUGAGCAGAGAGGCAUGA